AUGACCAAAGCUGGUCAUCAUUUUCGUGUUGUACAAAUUUGUGGUGGUUUAGCACGAUUAUCAUUAUUAACACAAAUCAUGGCUGAUGUUGUUCAAAUGCCUGUUUCUGUAUCGGAAGCAAAUUAUGAUUGUGUUCUAUUAGGUGCAGCUAUAUGUGGUCAAUUAAUAGCAGAUAAUCCACGACAAGUACAAGAUUUAUUAAAUGGUAUAGCUUGUCCAAUUCAAACUUAUAUGCCAGAUCUCAAAAUGGCAGAUUUUCAUAAAGAUAAAUAUGAAAUUUAUCGUCUAUUACAAAAAAUCGAAAUUGAUAGUCGUCAACGUAUGAGUAAAUAUCGUCAAUCAUAA